AUGGCGUCUGGAACCGUGAAAGUAACUGCACACGYACCAAGURGAGAUUACAUAUUUUCUCUAACAAGCAAAAGARCGAWYCUUAKUUGYUAUGGUCGUGGAUUUCCUCUGCCAAAUAUUACAUGGACCAAGGAUGGGCUUCCUGUAUCAUUGAGUCAAACAGACAGGCUUAUGAACGAAACMUUUAUUGAAAGUAGACUAAACCUGGGAAACCUGACAAUUGACAUGGCAGGACGAUAUUUUUGUCAUGUGGGUAAUGAUGUGUAUCUUGAGGAACCGAUACGCAUUGCUAUAGACGUCUUUCUUCGUCCAGUGAUAGACGUCAAGCCGACGGAUCAAAAAUUGUUCGAAGGAUCUACUGUCAUCUUGCCAUGUGAGGCUUCAGGUUUUCCCGCGCCAAAUAUCACGUGGUUAUUCAAUAAUGAUCCAAUCCCAUGGGAACAUUCAAUAGAGAACGAAUCCUUGGUCCUGAACAAUGUUAGACAUGGAAGACAUGAUGGUAGAUAUACUUGUGUAGCUACCARCAARGSMGRUACWRUGUCUACUUCUGCAUCACUUAUUGUUUAUGUAAAAAUGUUUGCUCWUGCAUUAUCCAGAGAGUACAUAUUUUCUCUGACAAGUCAAAGUGCCAAUCUCAGUUGUUCUGGGAGUGGCUAUCCUUUACCAAAUGUAACAUGGACAAAGAAUGGGUUGCCDGUGUCGUUGAAUCAAACAGACAGUGUUAUCAACGAAACCUUCAUCGAAAGCAUUCUAAGCUUGGGCAACCUAACRAUUGAGAAGGCUGGACGAUACUCUUUUAACGUAGGAAAUGGAGUGCAAGAGCCGAUAAGCGUUGCCAUGGAAAUACUGAUUCGUCCAGUGAUAAACGUCGCGCCAACUGAUCAAAAAGCGUUCGAGGGAUCUACUGUCAUCUUGCCAUGUAAAGCUGCGGGUUUUCCCGCGCCAAAUAUCACGUGGUUAUUAAAUGAUGAUCCAAUCCCAUGGGAGUAUUCAAUAGAAAACGAUUCUCUGCUCCUAAACAAUGUUAGACAUGGAAGACAUGAUGGUAGAUAUACUUGUGUAGCUACCAGCAAGGCCGGUACAGUGUUCACUUCUGCAUCACUUCGUGUUUAUGAUGAGCCAUCAAGUUUUGCAAAGAAAAGACGAUAUGUAUUCUCCGUUAUUGCAAGUGACUAUGUCUUUGUGAGUUGUUUUGGAAGUGGGAAUCCUCGGCCAAUAAUUGUAUGGGAAAAAGAUGGAUCACCUGUCUCAUUAAACCAAACAGACAUCGUCCUUAAUGACACUGUGGUUGAAAGUCGAUUACAUUUGGGCAACUUUACACCUGAAAAGGCUGGUAAAUAUUACUGUUACGUCAAGUCUCAGUUGGAUGGAGUCUACAUCCCAACACCAAGAAAGCUUGCUAUAUUAGCAUGGUUCUAUCCAGCAAUUGUGGAAGAACCAGUUGAUCGAGAAACUAUAGAAGGAGCUACUGUUGUCUUUGAAUGCAAAAGUAAAGGUUUUCCACAGCCAACUACUACCUGGUUGUUCAAUGGAAAACCAAUCCCAUUUGAACAUACUAUUGACGGCGACGGUUCUUUAGUGCUGGAGAAUGUUAGACGUAAUCCUCAUGCUGGUAAAUAUACUUGUGUAGCUACCAGCGAAGCAGGGACGGCGAAACAUUUUGCAUGGCUUUUUAUUGAUGGAGGCUGCCCCAGUGCCUGGAAAACAUAUCGAGAUUCAAAUUCCUGUUAUCGUAUUGUCAACACCCGUACGGCAAAAUGGGACGUCGCGCGUCGAUCCUGCAUAUCGAUGGGUGGUUACUUGGUGAAGAUCGAUUCAGAGGAAGAGAACCGCUAUGUGACUAAGUUGGCAAGUGAAGCAAGUUCAGCGGAAUAUAUGUGGAUCGGACUGUCUAGAAUCAGCACAGAUGAAUUGUUCCGCUGGACAGAUGGUACAAGUUUGCCUAGCCGAUAUUCAAAAUGGGAUAAAGGAGAACCAAAUAAUGCUGGAGGCAACGAGAACUGUGGACACCUUUAUGUUCGUGGCAGACGUGCAACUUAUUGGAACGAUCACGCCUGCAAUUAUCCGAAAUUAAUACACGUUUAUGCUUGCGAAAGGGGAAAGCGCCACUAAAAUCAUGUAAAUUGAGUUUUUUGUUUACUUAAUUAUGAAAAGCAUUUGAGCUGAAGAUUUUUAUCAAUUAAUAAUUCAAUAAUAGGGGUACAUAGCUGAUUCCCUCGGAGGAAACUAGCCAAUUAGCUCGAAGUAAACAUGCGCAACUUGUUAGCGUUGAGGAAAAGUGUUAUUCCCGUGAAUAUUAAAAAGUCUAUAAGCUUUUUACUCUUUUGCACAUGAAUAUACCAUUGCAUGUAGUACAUUCACAUGUGAAGUUAUCACCUUUUUUUCGCUCGUGAAUUCUAAUUGCGAAAAUUUACAUAUUCCAUGUAGUUAUUUCGCAGAAUCAUGUGAGGCCCUUCAGUCUCUUUAUGUUUUUGCGCGACACCGCAUUGCAGAUAUGCACGGGCUCAAUGCUAACAAGUUUUGUGUUUUGUCAUGCAGGCCUGGUUACAAAAAAAUUAGCUAGAUUGCUUCUUAAAGAUUUUCUAAAAUUUUUUUU